UUUAUAAAUUAAUAUAUAUUCAUACAUCUUUUUAACUAACUUCAGUAAUACUAAUCAAUUAGCUAGCUAGCUAGCCUAAACAUAUAUGAAUUAAAUAUUGCUAUGGCCACACCUGAUGAAGUUGCUGCUCUUGAAUUCAUCAGACAACAUCUACUUCUCGACGAAUUCGAAUCAUCUCCAAUCGAACAAAUCUUCACCGAGUUCACAGACGAUAAUUGCAGCAGCACUGCUAGUUGUGGUAGUAGUACUACUACUGGCUCGAUUUCCACCUCCCCUGUUUCUUCGUGCUCUAACAAGUCGUUAUAUGCAAAACAUGAGCCAACGGUUGGUCAUGUUACUCGUAAUUAUAGAGGGGUGAGACAAAGGCCGUGGGGGAAGUUUGCAGCCGAGAUACGAGACCCAAAGCGUCGUGGGUCGAGGGUGUGGUUAGGUACAUUUGAUAAUGCGAUUGAUGCUGCGGAAGCAUAUGACAGAGCUGCAUUUGCUAUGCGGGGUAGUAAGGCGAUUCUCAAUUUUCCUCUUGAUGUUGCUGCGUUAAAACAUACUAAUAGUAUUAAUAAUGGCCAACGUCAUAGAAUUAGGAACAGAAUUGUGAUACCAUCACCGACAUUAUUUGACACUGUCACCACCACCAAUAGUACCAUCACCGAUACCAUUAGACUAGAGGUGCAAGAAAAAACCGAUCAACUGAACCGACUCGAUUGGAAACCGUAUAUAUUAACUUUAAUCCUUGAAUAUAUUAAUCAAAAACCUUUAUAUAUCAUGGCUACACCUGAUGAAGUUGCUGCUCUUGAAUUCAUUAGACAACACCUUCUAGGUGAAUUCGAAUCAUCGACAUCUCCUAUCGAUGAUCAAAUAUUGAUCACCGAAUUCAAAGACGAUAAUUAUUACACUAGUUGUAGUACUAGUACUGGCUCGAUUUCCACAUCUCCGGAUUCUUCGAGCUCAAAACAGCAUGAAGAUCCAAUUAUUAUGGUCAACAACGUUGAUCAUGAAAUCGUGUCUGGUGCGUCGAGAAGAAGACAAGUAGGGAGAAAUAAUAAUAAUACUCGUAACAAUUAUAGAGGUGUAAGGCAAAGACCAUGGGGGAAAUAUGCAGCCGAGAUACGAGACCCAAAACGUCGUGGGUCGAGGGUGUGGUUAGGUACUUUUGAUAAUGCGAUUGAUGCCGCGGAAGCGUAUGACAGAGCUGCAUUUGCCAUGCGGGGUAGUAAGGCGAUUCUCAACUUCCCUCUUGAGGUUAAUUGCCACGACGAAUUAUGAUAGAUGAAAGGAACUGAUCGAUCGAUCGAAACAUGAAAUGGAGAUGGAGAGAAAGUGGGUCGUGUUCUAUAUACGAAGAGCGUGGAUGAUCGAUUAUAUAUGAUGAUGAUAUGUCUGGAACUGAUCGAUCGAAACAUGCUGAUGAUAUAUGAACUUGCUAAAUAUGGAAAGUCAAAGUUUCCUUUAAUUAUCAAGUUACAUAAUAUAUAUGUCGUUUUUUAUGAAUAAGUACGUACCUUUGUAAUCUCAUCUAAUUAUUUGAGAUAAUUAAUUAAAAGCGUCUGUACAUGUACUAUUCGGUGAAGUACCUUUGUAAUCUGUCGAUCGGGUGGCAAAAACUAGCUAGCUUCUUCUUCUUUUAAUUUUAGCAUUUCCAUCUUUUUAUACAAUAA